UCUCUCGAAAUUUGAACCAGCUGCAAAAUGAUCACGCCCAUAAUCCUUCUUGUCAUCACCAUAUUCCUCUUCCACAGAUUUAGAACAAGGUUCUCGUCCUCGGCAGCGAAAAACCUUCCUCCGGGGGCACUUGGGGUCCCAUUUAUAGGGCAAAGCCUGAGCCUUCUUGGAGCCAUGAGAACAAACACAGCAGAGAAAUGGCUGCAGCAGAGAGUGGACAAGUACGGGCCAGUUUCAAAGAUGACCCUGUUCGGGAAACCAACGGUGUUUGUACAUGGGGCGGCAGCAAACAAGGCGGUUGUGUUUUCGGGGGAGGAGGGGACGGUGUCGAACCGGCAGAUCGAGUCGUUGAAGAUGAUUUUAGGGAAAAGGAAUUUGACAGAGUUGAGUGGUGAGGAUCAUAAAAGAGUUAGAGGGGCGUUGGUUUGGUUCUUAAGGCCUCAGACUUUGAGAAGUUAUGUGGAGAAAAUGGAUGGAGAGGUUAGGAGACAUUUGAACAUGUAUUGGCAUGGCAACAACAAAGUCACUGUGGCACCAUUGAUGAAAACUCUGACCUUUGACAUCAUAUGCUCUCUCCUGUUUGGCAUUGAAGAAGGAACAACAAGAAAGAGCAUAAUACAAUGCUUCAAAACAAUGGUUGAGGGCAUCUGGUCUGUUCCAAUUAAUCUCCCAUUCACAAGGUAUAACCACAGCCUGAAAGCAAGUGCAAAAGUUCAACAGAUACUGAAGCAACUUUUGAAAGACAAGGCAAAAAGAAUGGAACAAAAAAAAGAAAAUGAAGAAGAAAAUGAUAAAGACCUAAUUACUUAUUUGCUUAGAAUAAAAAACAAAGACAAAGAGCAAGCUUUGACUGAGGAGGAAAUUCUGCACAAUAUCAUCCUUCUAAUGAUUGCUGGACAUGACACAACUUCUAUUUUGCUUACUCUUAUGCUUAAAGUUUUGGCUACAAACCCAACUGUUUAUGCAGAUGUUCUUCAAGAGCACGAAGAAAUAGCUAGAAGCAAAGAAAGAGGGGAGGCACUGACUUGGGAAGAUGUUUCAAAGAUGAAGUACACAUGGAGAGUAGCAAUGGAAACCUUGAGACUUUACCCUCCAGUUUUUGGAGGCUUUAGAGUGGCCCUUAAAGACAUUCAAUUGGGUGCCUACACAAUUCCAAAAGGAUGGCAAAUAUUUUGGGCAGCAUCAACGACACAUUUGGAUGAGACAAUAUUUGGAGACCCACAAAAGUUUGAGCCAAGUAGAUUUGAUCAAACCCAAACACCAAUUCCACCAUUUUCUUUCAUUGCUUUUGGUGGAGGACCUAGAAUUUGCCCUGGCUAUGAAUUUGCAAAGCUUGAAACUCUUGUUACUAUUCAUUACCUAAUCACUCAAUUCACUUGGAACCUCUCAUGUUCACAAGAUUCCUUGACUAGAGAUCCAACUUUGAUGCCCAACAAAGGCCUUCCCAUCCAAAUUUUUCCCAAAUCAUAAAAACCUCAAUCAUAUAUAAGUCCUAUGAAGUUCAUAUUAAUGUAAUGGAGAUUUGUUAGAUUCUCUCGAAUGAUACAAACUUGAGCACAAAUCCAAUAGUUUAUGUGUGGGUCAACAUUUGAAUUUUAUGUGUGGGUCAACAUUUGAAUUUUAUGUGUGGGUCAACAUUUGAAUUACUAUUCUAUAUAUUUAUAUUUGUUUUCU